CGCUCCUUUGCGUCUGUUGCGGUGCUUCAUUGCUGCUUUUGCUGCUCUGCUGUUGCUUCUUCUUCUUCUUCUGCUUCUUCUUCCUCUUCUUUUCAUUCCUUCUUUCCUCACUCCCUUCCUCCCCUUUUCCUUUGCGGAAAUCGCCAUUCCCUACUCAUAGACAAUCCUGUGCGUCAUAGAGUAAGUCCUCCUGAAAUUGCCCUCAUGUUUAAUUUGCUGUCUUGCUCUGCCGUGUCCGCUGCCCGCGGUGUCUCUCCUUAUUUCUCCGCUUCUUAUUAACGACCUCCCUCCUCCCUUCCACCCCCUCUCUUUCUCCUUGCCUUAACUCGAUCGCUCAUUGGAAUCUCUUUC